AUUUUCCUUAACUCCCCGACGCUAACUUGUUUCCCUCCGUUUCAUUGCAAACCGACAACGCUCCUCCAUAAAAAUGUCAAGUAUACAAUAAUAAUAAUAAUAACAACACAACCGAACAAAAAAAAAAAAUAAUAAAUAACGAUGCAGUACACCGGACGCGUCCUGGUGGGCUUCUGGUUCGACAAGCUCCAGCUGGAGACGGAGAUCCGAGAAAAGCUCGAGAGAAAACGCGCCGAGGGUCGGCUGCCCCAUCAGCGAGUCGAGAGACUCGUCCAGGCUUACGGCCAACCCGUUCCUCUGGCCCGAGAGGCUUCCGUCUUCCUCGAGUACAAGCAACGCCUGCAGCUGACGUGUCCGGAGAUCCUCGACCAGACCUACCGCUUCGAGGGCCGUCGGGGCUGUCCCGACGAGGACCUGGAGUCCAAGAACCCGAAGCGCUACGGUUUGUUUCUCGCGGCGACGGUAUCGCCCGAGGAGAUCGACGCGGGGCUGGACGGGAUCGAGGACGGCUGUCCCCUGGCCUGCACGCCCAGAAGGGAAGCCGUCGCCAGGUCGGUGUUCCUGCUGAGCAAGGCCGCUGAUGAUGGCCAAGAGAAGGAGGAGGAGUGUCUCCGUUUCGGAGAGGAGUUUUACUUGCAGCUGGCCCACGCGAGCGAGCGCCUCUACCUGCGCUCGGAGCCACCUCUGCUGGACGGCCGAUUCGGGCCGCGCGAUCACAAUCCGCUGCGGCUGAGCGUCAGCCGAGAUUGUUAUGCCAAGUGGCGGGCCGCUCACUCGAACCCUCGGCGCAGAUUCGAAACCGACCGACAGCCCGUUCCCGCCUGCAUCAGGCUAGUCAUCCAGCACGUGAUGACCGGACAGUGCCUGGCCGCGGAGGACCUUGUCUGGCACCGAAGUCUCCUGGGCUUCGAGUGCGGCGCCUCGGUGCACACUUACAGUGACGUGCACCGCGACGAGGGCCCCGAGUGCAUCUGGAGCUUUGUCCCUUCGAGCAAGUACGAGAGCCCCGAUCGCGAAUGUACAAACGUCGCUUAAGAGAGAGUUCUCUAUGUACAGACGGUUCGCUACAGUAUUCUCAACAGGACACCAGCCCAAGUAUUCCUCGGAAUCCAUUGCAAUGAUUCCUGUUAAACUUGCCAAUAAAAAAGUAUAAACUUCAAAUCCUCAGAAAAUAAUACCUAAAAAUAAAUUAAUGUUGACAAUUAGUGUACCAUAAAAGUAUUGUCUGAGGUUAUAAAUUUUAUUUUUGUGAAAAAUGUGAAUUCUAACCAGUCUAUUAAGAUACGCUUUAAAGCUAUACUUGAAAAUGUAAUAAUAUUGAAAUAAAUUGAAAUGAAUACACAUUUUAUUUAUAUAGUGCAUAAUGUUUCUAACCUCAGUUCGUGCAAGCCGAAAUUCCAUUUUCAUACAUGCUUUACGUAAACCUAGGUAUUUGUAUCACUUAUCAUGUGUAACCGAUCGAUUUUUCUCUUUAUCAUCGAUGAAAUUUGCGAUAAUUAAAAUUUGGUUCAAUGUUUAAUCGGUUUUCAACGGAACUAAACAUUGGAAACACGUUCGGCGGGUUCGUUUCUAGCACGUGUAGAAAUUUGAUUUUACCGACCGAGGGGAUGGGUCGGACGGUAUACAUAUACAUAUAGAUAAAGCGCACGUUACGCGGAAUUCAAACAUGAUCACCAUCUUCUAAUCCUAGGAGAAUGUAAACAAUCCAUUACCAAGAAUUGAGACCACUCUCUCUUCGUGCAAACAAAAAUAUUUUGAAUAUAAUUAAUCAUUCAGAUGUUGGACUGUCGCUUUGCCUAUAGAGAAAGUAAAAGGAGCAGAAUUCAUAGAUUUAUUCUCAAACAAAUAUACUGUAUUUUAUCAGUUUUCUUACAAACACAUUGUACUGAAUACAAAGUUUUUAACUCAACUCACGAUAAAUAAAGGACGAAAUAAUCUUAUAUCAUAGUUGAUAAUUUAGUACGAUACGAUAAUUAAGUUAAUUAUAUAUAAAAACACCACUUUUUGAGCUUGUAUACUUGGCCAAGAAGAGGUAGAUUAAAAAAAAAAAAAAAAAAAA